GCUAGUAUCGCAUGUAUAAUCAGCUGAUAAUUGAUCCAUUAAUAAUUGUUUACUUAUUUUUCAAUUCUUGCCCCUUAUUAUAUGAUUCUUUAAAAAAUUUGUGAAUUAAUGUUAAGAACAUUUGUAAAUUCAUGAAUUGGAAACUGCAGGAAAUUAUAUAAUUUUCCCCAAAAAGAAACUUAGAAAGAGAAAUAGAAAUAAAAUGGAAAUCGAAGAUUCAUUAGAAAACAAUGAUGGCUUGCAAGUUGUACGGGAAUUACAGGCCUCAAUUGUUCGUUUUAUCGAGCAAAGUCUUGAAGUUUAUGCGACAAAAAAAUUGUCAAUCGGCAAAAUUGAGCCGUUUAAUGAAAAAAUGGAAACGUGGACAAAUUAUAUUGAAAGAUUUGAAUUAUAUUGCGAGGCAAACGAUGUGCCAGCGCAAAAAAAAUCAGUUAUGCUAUUAACGGCAAUGGGCUCUAAAUUGUAUAAUAAAUUUCGUGAUAUUUGCCUACCUGAGAAGCCACGACAUUAUGGUUUUGAAAAAAUUGUACAAAUGAUUGGACAACAUUUAGAGCCAAAAUCGUCGACAAUUUACAUGGAACGUUUAAAAUUUGGCAAUUGUCGACAGGAGGAGAAUGAAUUAUUAAGGGAUUAUAUUGAAAAAUUAAAACAAUUGGCAUUGAAAUGUGAUUACAGUGGUGAGGAUAUUAUGUCGAGAUUACGUGAUCAAUUUUUACUUGGAUUAAAAUCGGAGAGAAUUCGAAAUCGGCUAUUAAUCGAGAAACAUUUGACUUGGAAUAAGUCUGUGAAAAUUGCGGCAGUUAUGAAUGAUGAAUUUAUUAACGAUGACGAUGUUUUAAAAAUGCAGCUAGUUUCAAAACCUGUGGAAAAUCAAACGGAAAAUUUCAAAGGUAGAAGUGAAUCUACUGAAAUUAGAGGCGAUCAGAAGGAAACUCGCAGAUCCGGAAGAAUUACAAAAAGACACGAGGCUGAAGAUUAUGCUUAUGAAAAUUUAACAGCUAAACGACAGAAAAUUAAUAACGAAAGAAAGGAAACAAGCGAGGACGAAACGGAAAUGCACAAUUUAAAAUUAGAAAAUAAAAAAUUACGAUUGGAACUCGAGGAAACAAAUAGAAUGCAAAAGGAAUUAACAGUUCUCAAUCGGGACUUACAAAGUCGACUCGUCAAUGAUUAUGAAGAGUUACGAACGUCACUUGCAAAUGUUUGCGCCACAGAUGUAAAUCAUCAACAAUUAACUGAUGUAUUUUUACCAAUUGGUUACGUGCGAAGACUCGACAAAAACGUGCAUUUGGGACGUGAUGUUUGGAUACCAAAAUCAACUUACGACACAGUGAUGUGUACGGCAAGAAAUCCAAGUAUUUUUAUUAAAAAUAUGGCCCUCGCAGUAUUUGGACAUGAAACAUUGGAGAGAAGUUCAGUUACCGGACAAUUAUCGAACAGGACAAGAAAAUUCUACGAGGGACCACCAAAACAAAAACUCGAUCCCACAAAAUUACUGGCGAUAAAGGACGUUUUUCGAUAUUGGCUGCAAGAAAUUAAAAAAGUUGACGAGUGCACGACUGACAUUGAAUUAAGAAAAGUUGGUUCUUACAUUGGACACAAAAUUGCCGAUUUAAAUCGCAGAAAGAAAGACACUGAAGAAACACAAAGAUCGUCGGAGGAUUUUAAUCGAACAGGGGAAGAAUUUCAACGUGCCGAACAAUAUCAACGAACACCGGAAAUUUAUCAUCAAAAUAAUUAUCAACGUGAUACACAAAGUGCCCCGAGAUCGACGACAUUGGUUUACGAUAGAAAUUCCGAGAAUUAUGAUAUGUUAAUGGUAAAUGUAAAAAGUGAGACAAACGAGGCAAAUGAAGAAACAUUGAAUUGUGCGAGUGAAGCUGUUUUUAUAACAGAAGAAGAUAAACAAUCAAAUGUUAAUGGACUAUCAGUUGAUGAUGUUAAUGACGAUGUCAAUAAUGUUGAGGACGAUUCGUUUAUUUCUUAUUUAUAAUUUUUCUUUCUUUAAAAAAGAAAAAAAAGAAGAAAAUUUCGUAAAAAAAAGAAAUGAUUCCAAAAUUUAUCUUUUUUUAAAAAAAAAACAAUUUUUGACAUUGGAAUAAUAUUUUUUUUACGGAACAAUCUGUAAGUAUUAUAUGAUUUGUUUAUUAUGGUAUAGAUAUAUUUUUUUACCUCUUUAGAAGAAAUUGUUUUUAUUUUUUCUUGACGUUACCGAAAAUUAUAUUUUGUUUUUUUUUUUUUUUUUAUUUUUCAUUGGAUGUAAUAUUAUUAUAUUAAUUUUUUUUUCUAUAUAUUAUUCCAAAAUGUCGAUUAAAAGAAUGGAAUGAUUUCUAAGUGAUAAUAUUUCCUUAAUGUAAAGAGACAAGGAGAGAGAGAGAAAAAAGGAAAAUAAAACGGAGACUUUUUUGUAAA